AUGCAAAAAACUCGGGACAUUCCGGAAGACCAGAGGCGGCAACACGAGGAGCGCAUUCUAGAGGCGGAGCGCGGCGAAAUGGUGGGCGGCCGGCGCGGCGAGCGCGUUCUGGUGGACACGGGAGUGAAGCUCGGGCUGUCGGCGCCGCCGCUUAACUCGGGGCCGAGCAUGGCGGUGGUGAACAUGUCGUUCUACCGCUGGGAGAGCGUCGCGCCGCCGCCCGUCGUCGACUGGCGGAAGACCGUCGCCAUCACGCCCAUCCAGACGCAAUAUGUGUGCUCAAGCUGCUGGGCGAUCGCGGCCGUCGAUACGAUCGCCAUAAUGUGGGCGAUCGCCAACAACGGCGUCGGGACGAAUCUGUCGCCGCAGCAGGUGUGCGACUGCGCGACGAAGCAGUGCUGCCAGGGCGGAUGGCCCGAGUGGGCCUUCUCCUACGUGCUCUUCAACGGCGGCGUCACGUCCAACGCCAACUACCCCUACCUCGCCUACGAUUCCGCCACGUGUCUGCUCGACACGUCCAUGCCGUCCGUGGCGCAGAUCACGGGGUGGGAGCUGGUGCCGGCAUUCAACGCCAUGGCGCUCAUGAAGGCCGUCAGCAUGCAGCCCGUCGUCGCCUUCAUCAGCGCUUCCGCCGCCGACUUCACCAGCUUCCGAUUUGCCGCAUUUCCCUACUCGCAAUGUUUCCCGACACCUAGCGUUACCCCACUUGGACACGGAUUCCCCGCGUUUCCUUCCCUCUCGUCCACCUCUCUCCACGUGCAGGCGUACUCAAGCAACGGCGUGCUCAACAUUUACAACGGCGUAUGCACGACUGAUGUGAACCACGCGGUGGUGGUGGUGGGCUUUAACUACACGGGGCCGGACCUCAAAGGCAGCUAUUGGAUCAUCAAGAACUCGUGGUAUUCCACGUGGGGCGACCGCGGCUUCAUGUACCUCGCCAUGACGCCCGACGUGCGCGGGAAAUGCGGCAUUUUAUCAACCCCCGCCAUGUACCCCGUCUACUUCCCCUCCGGGCAGCAGCCUGCGCGCUUUGCGUCCGACAAGCGCGGCAAGUGGAAAAUCAACAAAGUGGACGACCUCUCUUCGUCGCUCUUCUCCUCUACCCUCUCCCUUUCAACCACCACCACCACCACCACCACCAGUGGUACCGCCACAAUCGCAGCAAUCACCGAUCCAACACUCUCCACCUCUUCCUCGCUCCGCGGCGUCCUCUCCGUCCGCGUUUCUAAGGUUUAUCGACCUACUUCGGCGCAUUCGCUUCUUCUCCCCGUAGUCCACACUCGGUCCCCUUCCGUCCCACACACGCACUUCCCUCCAUCGCUCACGCUGCCUCGCGAGACAGAGCACGCUCCCUCCCCUCUCGUCUCCUUCGCGCAAUCCCCAUUGUCGCGCACGCUCUGUUCCGUCGCGGAUUACAAAUUCCUUCCCGUCGCCCACGCGGGAGCGCCGAGACCGGUCACGCACACUCCCUUCCGUCACCCACGCGCACUCCGUCGGUUACCUCGGCCCACGCGCACUCCCUUCCGUUGGCCACGCUCAAGACCUUCCCGUCGCCCACGCUCACUCCCUUCCCAUCGCCUACGCGCAAUCGAUCCGUCGCCCACUCUCAAUCACUUCCCUCGCCCGCGCUCGCUCCCUUCCCGUCGCCCACACUCACUCCCUUUCCUUCGCCUUCGCGCAAUCCUUACAUCGCACAAUCUCACCCCCGCUCGGGGCACACGGCCAAUUCCCUCUCGCCGCACGCUGCCGCCCGCGCCCGGCGCUCUCUUUCAAUCUCCUCCCGCCGUCCACGCGCACUCCAUCCCGGCGCUGCACGACGACUCCCCUUCCGCCGCCCACGCUCACUCCCUCCCGCCGCGACAGUCCCCUCCGUCGCACAUGCUCACUCCCCUCCGUCGCCCACGCCCACUUCCUCUCGUCGCGUUCACUCCUCCCCGUCGCGCACGCUCUUUCCCCAUCCGUCGCCCACGCUCACUGCCCGUACGUCGCACACUCUCACUCCCUUCCGUCGCCCACGCUCACUGCCCGUACGUCGUACACUCUCACUCCCUUCCGUCGCCCACGCUCACCUCCCUCCCGUCGCCUUUGCUCAUUCCCCUCCGUAUCCCACGCUCACUCCCCUUACGCCACCCACGCUCGCUCCCUCCAAGUCGCGUUCGGCCCCAUCCGUCGCCCACCCUCACUCCAGUGCCGUCACACACGCACGCACCCUCCCCUCGACCGAGAAGGCACGCCUCACCCCAUUCCGCCCCACCCCAUUCUCCGCCUCACCCCAUUCCGCCCCACCCCAUUCUCCGCCUCACCCCAUUCCGCCCCACCCCAUUCUCCGCCUCACCCCAUUCCGCCCCACCCCAUUCUCCGCCUCACCCCAUUCCGCCCCACCCCAUUCUCCGCCUCACCCCAUUCCGCCCCACCCCAUUCUCCGCCUCACCCCAUUCCGCCCCACCCCAUUCUCCGCUUCACCCCAUUCCGCCCCACCCCAUUCUCCGCCUCACCCCAUUCCGCCCCACCCCAUUCUCCGCCUCACCCCAUUCCGCCCCACCCCAUUCUCCGCCUCACCCCAUUCCGCCCCACCCCAUUCUCCGCCUCACCCCAUUCCGCCCCACCCCAUUCUCUAUCCCCUCCUCUUCCAAGCCCAUCCCUCCUCGCCUCUCCCCAUCCCUCCUCUCCCAAUCCGUCCUUUCCCCAUCCGUGCUCACCCCCAUCUCGACCUCACCCCAUCUCGACCUCACCCCAUCUCGACCUCACCCCAUCUCCGCCUCACCCCAUCUCCUCCUCACCCCAUCUCCUCCUCACCCCAUCUCCUCCUCACCCCAUCUCCUCCACACCCCAUCUCCUCCUCACCCCAUCUCCUCCUCAUCCCAUCUCCGCCUCACCCCAUCACCUCCUCACCCCAUCUCCUCCUCACCCCAUCUCCUCCUCACCCCAUCUCCUCCUCACCCCAUCUCCGCCUCACCCCAUCUCCUCCUCACCCCAUCUCCUCCUCACCCCAUCUCCGCCUCACCCCAUCGCCUCCUCACCCCAUCUCCUCCUCACCCCAUCUCCGCCUCACCCCAUCUCCGCCUCACCCCAUCUCCUCCUCACCCCAUCUCCUCCUCACCCCAUCUCCUCCUCACCCCAUCUCCUCCUCACCCCAUCUCCUCCACACCCCAUCUCCUCCUCAUCCCAUCUCCACCUCACCCCAUCUCCACCUCACCCCAUCUCCUCCUCACCCCAUCUCCUCCUCACCCCAUCUCCUCCACACCCCAUCUCCGCCUCACCCCAUCUUUUCAGGAUAGGUCCCCUCCGUCGCCCAUGUGCACUCCCCUCGAACGAGCACGCUUGAUCCCUGCCCGCCCCAUCACAUCCCCUCACCCCGCCUUGUCCUAUCCCCUCGCCCCGCCCUGUCCUAUCCCCUCACCCCGCCUUGUCCUAUCCCCUCACCCCGCCCUGUCCUAUCCCCUCACCCCGCCCUGUCCUAUCCCCUCACCCCGCCCUGUCCUAUCCCCUCACCCCGCCCUGUCCUAUCCCCUCACCCCGCACCAUCCCAGGCAAGCAUGA